CCCCCGGGCUGGCGGAGGCAGCGAGCCGCGGCGGCCGCUCUCCAAUCCGGGCCCUGCCUGGCCGAGCCCGGCCCGCCCCGUGCCCGCGUCCUGCCCAGCCACUUCCUGCCGGGCGGCGCCGGGCGGCCGGGACCCGAGCCGAACCGAACCGCAGCGAAGCACCGCGAGCCCGGGGCCCGCCGAGCCCGGCUGCAGUGUGAAAGGGGAAGGGCUGAGCAGGAGUCAUGGAUUCUCAGGACGCAGACGGGGAGGAAACGCCGGCCAGCGCCUGUUCCGGAUAUCCUGCUCCCCGACUGGACAUCUCAAUAAAGGUUGAAAGGGAGGAUGAGCCCCAAUUCACAGAUGCCUCGGACGUCACCGAGGGAGUGGUCCCUCAGGGGUAUCCUGGUGCCAAAAGUGACUUAGUGAAGAUGGAAAGAAGCAAACACAUGGAUGUGCUGGACUCUGCAAAGAGACGAACUACCUGCAAGGACUCCACAGGUGACUGGGCUGCGAAAGCCGUUAAGGAAGAAGGGCCAGGAGAGGAUCAUACCAAGGAGCUGGAGGCCCCCUGCGUGCUGGCAGGGAAGCCCUACAAGAGCCCUCUGUCCCCCGGGAGCCAGCCAGGGAUCGGGCGGGACGCUCCCACUGAGUGUACCAGGGCCCCUGGGAAGCAAACCGUCAGGACCUCCCAGCCGAGGAGCCCCGCGGGGGAGCUGGCAUUGGCCUGUGGCGACUGCGGGUGGCGGUUUGGAGAUGUGGCAUCCCUGGGCGAGCAUGAGGAAAGCCAUGCGGCGGAGCGCACCUUCAUCUGCACCGACUGUGGCAAGAGCUUUGGGCGGCACGCCACCCUGGUGGAGCACCAGCGCGGCCACACGGCGAAGAGCGUCUUCGUUUGCACCGACUGCAGCAAGAGCUUCACCCACAAGGCAGCGCUCACCGUGCACCAGCGCACCCACGUCCGCCAGCGCCCCUACCGCUGUGCCCAGCGUGACGGUGCCCACGGCUCCCACGCCGAGCUGGCCGCCCAUCAGCAGGCCCCCGCUGGGCCAGCUGUAGCCUCGGAGGAAGGUGCUGAGCCGACCACGCCCCUGCGGGCCCCUGAGGCUGAGAAGCCCUUCCCCUGCAUCGACUGCGGCGACAGCUUCCGCUCGCACCCCGCCCUGCUGAGCCACCAGCGCAUCCAUGCCGAGGAGCGGCCUUACAAGUGCACCAAGUGUGGCAAGUGCUUCUGCUUCCACGCCGAGCUGGCGUCGCACCAGCUGUGCCACCCCAAGGAGCGCUGGUUCCUGUGCGGCACCUGCGAGCAGCGCUUCAGCUCCAAGACCGACCUGAUCCUGCAUGAGCGCACCCACCCCGAGUCCAAAUGGUGCCUGUGCGCCGACUGCGGCAAGAUCUUUCCCUGCCAGGCCGACCUCAGCCGGCACCAGGCCAGCCACGCCGCCAAGGUGCACGCCUGCCCUGAAUGCGACAAGGCCUUCAGCUACCUGACCGACCUCAUCGUGCACCAGCAGUCGCACGCCGAGACACUCGUCUCCUGCAACAAGUGUGGCAAGAGCUUUGGCUCCUGCACAGACCUCCUGAUUCACCAGCGCAUGCACAGCGACAACCAGUCCUUCACCUGCACCCAAUGCGGCAAGGCCUUCGGCUCCCGCACCAGCCUCAUCACACACCAGCGCUCGCACGCCGAGAGGCUCGUCUACUGCAACAAGUGUGGCAAGAGCUUCGGCGCCCGCACCGACCUCCUGAUUCACCAGCGCGUGCAUGGUGAGAGCCGGUCCUUCACCUGCACCCAGUGCGGCAAGGCCUUCGGCUCCCGCACCGACCUCAUCAUGCACCAGCGCAGCCACCGCGACCGCCAGUCCUACUCGUGUGCCGAGUGUGGCCGCGUCUACAGCAACCAGUCCUACCUGGUGGCCCACCAGCGCCUCCACACCGGGGAGAAGCCGUACAAGUGUGCCGAGUGCGGGCGCAGUUUCAGCCACAAGUACCACCUGGGCAGGCACCAGCGGACACACGCAGGGGGUACCCCGCCCGUGUACUGAGCCCCAGGGCCUGUGCCGCCACCACCAGCGAGUGCACGGAGAGCGAAUGGGGUGGAGGGAAGGGGAGUUGCACAGCAUUGCAAGGGAGGCUGCACGUUGCCCCAGUGGUAGGUGAAACACCUAUGACACGGCUGGGUGCGGUGCUGAUGCAAGUCAAUACUAAGGGGGAGAGACUUCUCUGACAUGAAACUGCUGACCACGUCCAUGCCUCUCCCCCUGCAAGAAGUUCAGUGUUCCCUGAAAUUUCCUUGCAGGGAGGGAAAUCUCACCCCGGAGUGACAUCUGCUUCCUGACAGGUUAUCACGAGCAAGACAGAAUCGGACUAAGAGCUAGAGAGACCUCGGCAUGCUGCGGAGCCAUAGGAAGUUGGGCAAAUGCUGUUAAACUAAGUGUGGUGGGGGUCAAGGGGCAAAAAAACGGACUCAAGCUGGUUAUUGUUACCUUUCAGCGGCGAGAUUUCUCUUCUGUAUCCCCUUUUCGCCCUCCCCUUCUUCCCCUGCGCGUGAGGAAUUAAAUAAACA